UUACAUUCAAAUUUCGUUACAGAAUCACCCAUGCAAAUGUUUUACAAGGAUAAAGGUGUUUUCUUGACUGGUGGCACGGGAUUUUUUGGUAAAAUUAUAAUUGAAAAACUAUUGCGUGUCACCGAUGUUGGUCAAAUAUUUUUGCUGAUACGUACGAAAAAGGGAAAAGAUGUACAAUCUCGUCUAGAUGAUCUAUUCAAUGAUCCUGUUUUUGAACGCUUGAAAAAAGUCAAUCCACAAUAUCGAGAAAAAAUCACACUUAUUUCAGGAGAUGUUUCACAGUUGGGUUUGGGCAUCAGCACAGAAGAUCGUGAGUUGCUCAAAGACAAUGUGAAUAUUGUCAUUCAUGGUGCUGCUACAGUACGUUUUGAUGAGAAACUAAAAAUGGCCAUUGCCAUUAAUGUCAAUGGUACAAAGGAAAUUUUAAGAUUGUCCAAGGAAAUUGUGCACCUUAAGGCAGUGGUGCAUGUGUCCACAGCAUUUGCCCAUUGUAAUCGUCGUUAUAUACAAGAGAAAUUCUAUAAUUCCCCUUUGUCAGGUGAUAAUGCCUGCAAAUUGAGUGAGUGUUUGGACGAACAGACUUUGAACUUGCUGACGCCCACCAUUAUUAAGGGCUACCCGAAUACAUACACAUUUACAAAAGUAUUGGCUGAGGAUGUGGUACAAAACUAUGCAGGAAAUUUGCCAGUUACCAUAUUUCGUCCGGGUAUAGUUAUAACUACCUAUCGUGAACCCAUUACCGGAUGGAUAGACAACAUGUAUGGUCCCUGCGGCAUUAUUGUGGGCGUAGGUUCGGGCGUUUUACGUGUGUUUAGCGGUAAUGUGGACAAUAAGGCCCAAUUAGUGCCUGUGGAUUUGUGUGUCAAUGCCUUGUUAACUAGUGCCUGGGAUAUUGCUAGAAAUACUUAUGACAACCCACCCAUUUAUAAUUAUGUACCGGAUGCCAACAAUAUGUCAACAUGGCGUGAAUACAUUACAUUUGGUACGGAAUGUGGUAAAAGCUUGCCGUUACGCAAAUCGAUUUGGUAUCCACGUUUUACGAUUGUUCCCACAAAAUUUCAAUUUUAUAUAUUGGCAUUUUUCUAUCAUACAUUACCCGCCCUCUUUAUGGACAUGUUAAUGCUGGUGAUUGGUAAAAAGCCCAGGUAAUGU